AUGCCUACCAGACUCGUCUCGAAAUCCUCAACUCAGUCACGUUCUACCCGUGAUUCAAGACGAUCCUCAACCAGCCAGGACAAAUCGUCUACCACCACAAUGGAUAACCCGGAUGCUGCUCAGCCUUUCUUUUCUCUUCCUACAAAUCUUCCGCAAAGACACGGUGACCGCGAACGUGAGAUUGUCCAAUGGAUUGCCGCAAAAGACGAGUUCUCCUAUACAGACCCCAAUUAUGCACCCGAGCAAAUGUACUUGACAGGAUCAGAUGCGUCUUUCUUGACAGAGGACUUGCCCACCACGACAGGAGCAUCUUGGAGCACUGCACUGCCAAUGGACAACCUCGUCCUGGAGCAAUGCCAGCCAUUCAUGAAUGAUGAACCCUAUCGGCUUUCCAGUACUAGUGCACCCAUGACCAGUGGAUCUCAGCCCUUUUUUGAUGCCCUGGCUAUUGAACCUGCAAUCAACUUAUCGAACGCACCAUACUCAGGAUCAAUCACUCUUGGCACUGGGAUGACCGACGGCUCUUUCAAGCACGACUUUGCUUCCGGGUGUAUUUCUUAUGAUUCUAGUAGUUCUAUCUAUAUGUCCCCACCCGUGUCUCCGGGACUGCAAGGGCAAACCUGGCCGGAGGCGUCCAAUGAAUACGGCACCAGCGGUGAUUAUGCCACUCAUGGAGCUGCGGCCUUUUAUCCUAAUUCUGAUGGAUUUUCGCAUCCACCCUCCCCACCUAUGUCGGACGGUGAUUCUCAUGCUGCCUUGGUAUCAGGUCGACAACCUUUGAGCGGAGGCCAGCUCCCACUUGAUAAUACCAUACAGGUAGCCGACAACUGCAACAUCAAAUGCUCUCGAACAGGCUAUCGCCACCUUGAAUCUGCCAUGAUCGGAAAUGCGGUCAAAACCUCUGGCACCACUGAUCAGAAGUACGCCUUGCCCAGCCGUCCAGCCCAGAGGGUUCUCAAGCCUGCGUCAGAAAAGCCAAGGGGAUAUGACCAGGGAACACAGCUUGCAACAUCAUCUGCCCAUUCGAAGCUCAAGGAGAAGCCGGAAACCGCCCAGCCACGGAAUCAUCAUCUGUACAAAGCCUCGCCAGGAAAGGAUGGACUAUUUCGCUGCCCCUUUGCCAAAGACAACCAAUGUGCGCAUGUGCCCACGAAACAAAAGUGUGCCUAUGACAAAUAUCUGGACUCGCACUUGAAGCCUUAUCAGUGCAAACAUGCUGACUGCCUGGGCCUCCAAUUCUCCUCAAAUGCUUGCCUUUUUCGCCAUGAGCGUGAAGCACAUGGAAUGCAUUUCUAUGGGAAGAAUCCUCACCGCUGCCAUUACGCUGGAUGCGACAGAGCUAUCGAAGGUUUCCCACGCCGCUGGAAUCUACAUGACCAUAUGCGACGUGUUCAUAAACAUAAUCCCUCUCAGCUCUUGGAAAACAAGGAGGACUUUUCCGGCUGUGAAGUACCCAGCAAGAGAAAGGGGUCCGAUGCCCCAGCAUCAUGCCAAAUGAAGCGAACAAGCUCUUCUCAAUCCAAGGCCCGCGUUGCGUCGGCCAGCUAUUCUCGGGAUGAUCAUGAGCUUAUCAUCAUUACCGGCUAUCCUUGCUCUGGAAAGACCCACCGAGCCCGUCAGCUGGUAGUAGCGUUGCAAGACCAAAUCGCUGGUGCGGUUGAGCCCAACGCCCAAAGCAAUCCGAAGCUCGCUUUGGUGCACAUUCCUUCCCAUCACUCUUCUAUCUAUCAGCUCUCUACAAAUGGAGAUUACCCGAAUCGGGACUCGAUUUAUAGCUCCGCAGCACUCGAGAAGACAGCCCGCGCCGCCGAGCUGAGCACUAUUAAACGGGCUUUGUCGAAAGAUGCCAUCGUUAUUGCCGAUGAUCUGAACUAUAUCAAGGGAUUUCGAUAUCAGCUAUGGUGCGAAGCAAAAGCUGCUGGCACAAGAUGCUGCACUGUACACUGUGCAGCGAGAGAAGAUCAGGUAGAGAAGUGGAAUCGUGCAAGGCUGGAGCAAUGGGCUGGGUUGAAAAGUGGGGACAUACCAACAGCAGACAACGACACGACCAGAAGUGAUGGGCACGUCGAAAACCAGGCAAACCCAGAGAUUAGGUAUCCAGAAUCACAUACAGCAUUGUACGGAGACAAGAUACCCGAAUUGUCAUCAAGAUCAAGAAGCUCAAGCGUGGACGCUGAUGAUGGAGAAAGAGUCGCGUUUCGACCCAGCAUACUCAUAGAAGAGUCUUUGAGGUCCUUUUCCCUCGCUGACCAAUCCUCUAUAUCCACAGGAAAGCCUUCUCCUCCGGGGACGGCGGAAGACAACGGGUUUCCAAGCCGCAAUCCAGAAGAAAUCCCUGCAUCUGCGAGGUUCGACUUUGUACCUCCAAGCUCACCUCCUUACUCGCAAAAGACUUUACAGUCCCUUCUCAUGCGCUACGAACCUCCCUCCCCCUUCUCUAGAUGGGAUACCCCACUGUUCACUGUGCUUGCAAGCGAUCUGAUGCCUCCCAUCUCCGCUAUCUGGGAUGCAAUAUUUCCUCCUAGAACACCCAGUACUAUGCGAAAGGGUGUAGUCAGUGAGCAGAAAGCACAGGUCAAGCCUCAUGCUGCGACCGUCCUUCCUCAAGCCACCGGGCCGGAUGCCUUGCAGGUUUUGGAAAGGGUAACCUUAGAUGUGGUGACACAAAUCAUGAAGUGCGCCAAAGAAUUUCCAGAACUAACAGACGAGGGAGGUGAUGUCACAGUCAAGUGUGCUGAUGUUGUAACAACGCUGCCUGUACCGCCAGGGACGAUUCUGAGUCUUCCAAUGCUACAGCGACUGAGAAGGAGAUUUACGCAGAUACAGAGAGGUGGCAUUGCUCAUGGCAGAGGAUAUGUGCAAGGAGAGGAAGCCAUCGGGGAAGCCUUUGUGCGCUUUCUGAAUGGGGAGAUAGGGGCUUGA